AUGUUUGGUACUGAUGAUCGAGUAUUCGGUAGCCUUGAGCCGAAAUCGACAGUUCGACGAUCUGGCCGAGUGCGUGAAGCUUUUCCUCGAAUUUCUGCUGCAAACGAGAACGGUAAAUCUCUUGAAAACGCAACAACAUUCAAUUAUGGAUUCAUCGGUGGCCACGGUGUUGGGAAGUCGGCAAUGAUAAAUGCGAUGAGAGGAAUGUCUUCGAAGCAUCCGCUAGCCGCUGGAAAGGCUCGUAUCAAACGGGGAUCAUGCGAACGUUUCGAGUUCGAUGACGAUUUGCUCAAAUACAGUGUGACUCUGUGGGAACUCCAUUACCCUAAGAAAAUCAGUGCUUAUUUCGAGUUUAUUGAGUGA